GAUGUGUACAGUAUGGCGUUUUGUCUGUGUGGUUGCAUCUUGGAAUUACCUAUAAAUGAUGUGUUUAGGUAAUACAAGUUCGUGGGAACUACUCUGAAGUGACGUUUUUCAGACUGCCUUAUUUUUGUGGCUAAAGAAUCAGUGGUCGGGUAUAAAUAAACACUUUUAUAAAAGAAAUAUUGAGAGCACGAGAGGCAUUGCAACUGCUGUCACAUAAUCACCAUGGUCAGCAUACCAGACUGGACAAAGUUUUCCCGGACUGUUGAAGGUUUAAAAAAACCUAAUUUUUCACAGCCUUUGAACAAAUUUUUCUACCAACAGGAGCAGGUGGCGCUCAGAGAAGCUGAAGAGCAAGGUUAUUUCCUUGUGCCAUCAUGUGACUAUAUUCUUAAGUAUAUCGGCCCUUGCAAUGCCAUGAGCAAGAGUAUCAAACAAAUCUUUUUGGUGAAGCUGGACGGAGUGCACAUGCAAAAGCUCGGUGACAUAUCUCUCUGUACUAACUUGAAAAUCUGCAUCCUAGCAAAUAAUUUCCUGACUAAUGUUGAUGCCUUAGCCAGAUGUUACCAUCUUGUUAAGUUGGAUCUCCAUGGUAAUCAGAUGUCUUCUAUCCCAGACCCAAUCUUCUGGUCUGGUCUCAAGAAACUGAGAGCUCUCUAUCUGCAUGACAACCCUCUUGGAAAUUUGGAGACAUUGCAGAAUCUUACUGUGUGUCGAUGCCUCACAAUCCUGACCCUGUAUGAUACUCCGCUCUACCUCCGCAAAAACUAUAGGCACUAUGUGGUCAACAGCAUCUGGACAUUAAAAGCGCUAGAUCAUCAUGUGAUAUCGGAUGAGGAAAUUAUUGAAGAUGCUUUUUUCAGGGGUCAUUUUUCAGCUCUCUGUCCACCUUUCAGACUUGACCUGUGGCUUGCUUCAUCAAAUAAUACCACUUAUCAAGAGGAGCUGAAGCUGCUGCAGAAGUUGGAAGCAUGCAUUAACAGAAUCCUGGCAAGAAAUUCUCCAGUCAUCAUUAUACAACGUUACUUCAGGGGCUACAUCACAAGAAAAAAGCUUGGGUUAGUCCCAAAUCGGAAGCCACAUUCUGGCAAAAUACACGAAGGACCUCAUCUGUUGCCACUUGCUGUCUCAACUGAAGGGCAACCAAGAGCAGAAUCUCAUCAGCCAAUAACUGAAAUACGCAGGACACCUGUUUGGAUUGUUCCUCCAUCAUCCCCUGUUCAUUUAUUAGCUUCUGAUAUUUUUCCACCUUCUCUUACUAGUGACAAAAAAAAUGAAUCUCCAAGCAAUAUAAUUAUCAACUUCAGGAAGCUGCAAAACAAUAUCACAGAAAUGGUCCACAGUCAUGCAAUUCAUAAUCCAGAUCUGGAACGGCUGCCUCAUUUGUCCAAUAUACCUGCAGGGCAAAGGAGAACAGAAAAGUGCAGAAAUGAGAAACGCCCGCCAACAUUUGUGAAGACUGGCAAGCAGUCCUUUGGAUAUGUGGUUGAAACAGGGCCAGAGGACAAUAUGGACAAGAUAUUUGACAAAGAGGACUUUCCUUUCACAGUCUACAGGCUUCAAGGUCGGAAAUAUGGCUUUUUUCUGUCUGACGCCACCACAGACAUGAUCCUGGAGAAGGUAGCAUCUGGAAAGCAAGUUCGGGAGGUAAGAGCAGAAUGGAUGGAGAUGGCUAAGGCUGAGUCACCACCAAAAAUUCCACACAACAACUUUACAACCAACAAACAACGACUGUUUGCCCGGGUGUAUGGUACUAUGAGCUUGUCAUGUCUGCUAGCUGUGCAGAAGGCAUACCAAGACAGAGAGAAUGCAGAAAAACUCACUGCCAAAAAGGAGCACGUCAAAAUCUUAAGAGAUGAAAGGCAGAGAGCAAAGGAGAGCAUACAGUUUUACCUGCAGCAGAAGCGCAUUCGGCUGAUGCACAAGCAGGAUCUUGAUCAGGCCAGUUUGCUGGACCAGCUGGAGAAGAAAGAACUGCAGCAGCUAAAUUAUUUAGACAGGCAGCAUGAAGCGAAGGGAUGGGCUACAGCUAUGACAAGGUCCCAUUAUGCAAACAAAACUUUCAUGACUGAAUUUAACUCUCAGCACACAUCUGUCUCCAAUGCCCUGCUUCGCCAUGACCGGCAGGCUAAGAAUGAAGAUAAAAACUCUUCCCAAAGAGCAAAGGUGCAAAAUCUUCGUUCUGAUAAACAUGAGCAGCAGGAGAUGGUGAAGAAAUACUUGGAGCAUCGUCAGCUAAUGCGGCAGACUGAAGCUUCUCUGGCACGGACUGCUCUUGAUUCCCACAUCUUACAGGAGACCACAGAUCGUCUAAUGGAGGCCAAGCAACGAGUAGCUCACAUCAAAGCAAAGGAGGCAACAGUGCAGGCAUUUUAUCCUCUUCCACCAAAUGUUGUGUCAGGACUUGAAGAGGCAGAAACUAGGCCACUGCAGGGGAGCUUGUGAACAGUAUUAUGUAAUGCCACUUGACUUGCAGUAAAAAAAUGGUGCAAUAGUAUUGAAUGUACCAUAUGUGUGUGUAACAGAUUUUGGCCUAGAAACAUGAAAAAUGGGAAUCACAGGACCAGUAGAGGACGCGAUGGUGGUGGGAACCAGUAUUACACUGCACUGACACUGUUCUGGGAGUCAGGGUGCAACUUAGUAAAAUGCAAGGUGAUUCAAGGACCAUAGCAAGCACAUGUGUGCACUGGUGAGCCCACUUUCAUAUGCCAUGUAAAAAUGCUUUUGCUCCUAACUUGUACUGUUGUAGCCCUUUCAUUCAAGUUUCUUAAUGUUUGUUCUAGUAUUCAUAAAAAGCAUGUGUUUUAAGUAGUAUUUAUAGCUCAGAGUCUUCACAUAAAGAAAUGACUUUCAUAAUGCUUUUAUUAAUUUAUUGCAGGCCAGAAGGCAUAUACAUACUGAAAUAAGAGUAUUAUUAUUACAGUGUAGGGCCUGUAAGCUGUGGUGAUCGGGGUCGAAACUGCUUAACCGUGGCUUAGGUGGUCCAUGGCUUGAAUAUUUUUUGAAAAGUGCAUAAAUUACAAUAAAUAAAGAAAAAAAUA